CAGGGAGGUCAGCCCCUAUCGGCUAGCUGACGUCUCAACGUGGAUCAUCACACUAGUCAAACUUCUGCGUCUUAUCAUCAAAUUUGUGUACAUCCUCACUUCUUCAAUCAGUGGCGCCGCCUAUAAACAAGUAUCAUUCGGCCAGGAAUCAACAAGGAAGAUGGAGCUUAAACUGGUAGUUGUGUUGGCGGCAUUGGUUCUGGUCAGCUCUGCUGCAGUGGAUAAAGAUGAGAAGGCUAAACUUUGCGAGACAGUAGACUGUGGCCGUGACCGCGAAUGUGAUGUUAUCGCUAGUCAUGUGACCUGCGUCUGCCUCAAGUUUUGCCCAGACCACGAGAAGAAGGUGUGUGGAAGCAACAAGAACACAUACCAGAACCACUGUGAGUUGCACAGGGAUGCCUGCCUCAGUGGUGAAAAGAUCAGCAUCGAGUAUGAUGGGGAAUGUGUGCCUGACAAUACGGAUAAGGCGAAGCAGCUAGAUGAGAAGCUGAAGGCGAAGCCAAUUGUAUGCUUCCAACAUGAGAGAGAUGCUCUGCGUCAGUCACUCAUCUCUUGGUUCCAAGCACACACUGAUGGCACUGGCCGCAAGGCUUACAGAGAGGUUCUGAAGCAUGUCUUUAAGACAUGUGAUGAGGAUAAAAAUCAGAGACUCGACUCUACCGAGCUGCUGCUGUGUGUGGCCAAGAACAGAACUAGUGAGCAGCAAAAGGGGAGCUCCACUGAUAUUCUCAGGGGAUUGUGCGUGGACGCACUCAUUGACUUGGCUGACGCAGACAUCGAUUGGCGCCUUGAUCUUCAGGAGUUCAAGAAGCUGAUGAAUCAAAACUUCACACCAUCAGUUAAGAAGUGUUCAUUGGAAGGCAGUGAGUAUGACGAUGGGGCAGAGACAACUGUAGAAUGCAACAAGUGCGUGUGUGCGUGUGGGAACUGGGUAUGCACUGCUAUUGCAUGUGAUUCCAAGAAUACCGAGACCAAGGAAGCUCCGACAGUUGUUCAGGUGAAAACACAUGAGCCCAAAGUUCUCGAUUCUGAUGAGGAGGUAGACAUUUUCCUCAAUGACUUUAAGGGACCAGAAGAUAAGCUAGAGGUGGAAAGCGUUUAUGGCCACGUCACAGGGAGCAAGAGGAAACAUGGAAAGAAACACCACAGGAGAAGACAAUAAGAGUGUGAUGACCUUCUCAACACCAUGUGUGUGGCAGAUACCACACACAACUUCUAGCAGCUAACCUCUCUCACAUGUUACGUCCAGGAAAACUCUUGCUUAUAAACACUUGUUCGAGUGUUGUGUUCUAACGGAUAUGUGUUUAUGCAUAGGGAUGUCGCCGUUCGUCGUGUGAAUAUCUGUCCGACCGUACGUGAUACAUCCUGCGACUUUGUACGCAUAAAACGUGUACAAUUUUCCCCAAUUUACCUGACUCUAAUAUUUGAGGUGGUAAUCUAUGCUGUAGGCAUAUUCAUCUGUAAUUCUAACAAUUUGUACUUUUUCAUGCUAUAGCCAUUUUUGAAGUUUACAUAUGCAUUUCAAGAUAAUCGUAUUGCUUCGUUAAUCCAAAUAAUUGCUUGUAUAUUUCCAAAUUAGAGGUUUGGUAUGCAAGUUAGAAAGACAUAACAGUGUACCAUUAUUAUAGCUAUCUUUAUGGCUUAUUGACAUAAUUUUUUAAUGAUAGCUCCUUUAAACUAUACUGUGCACAUAUAUCAAUCAAAAGGUGGUAAAAUGGUAUGAUAGGAAGGGCAGGGGAGAAAGAACGUGAUGUGUUAUCAUAAAAUAUUAUUUACACUUACUACAAUGAUUUAAUUGUUUGUGUUGGUGUGAAGUUGCAUGAGUAUACCCUACCAACUAAAACUAUGUAACAUGCAAAAUAAAAAUUUGUGUAAGUGUAAUAUA